GGUACCACUGUUUUCUUUUUCCUCCGUGGCGCAUCGGACUAUUUCCUGCACACUUGCACUCCGAGAAGGCCCUGGUCGGUCAGACCAUGGGACUGAAGGGGAUAUAGGGGAGAGCAGUGAAGGGAAUGGGAUUGCAUGCCAGGUGUGCCCGGCGUCAAGCAGUUGCAGAAUGGGAGACGAGCUCGAGGCGAAGACGCGUCGGCGCUCAGGCGGUUACUUGCGUAGAUUGUGACCACUACAGGGGCCACGGCCUACCGGGACAAACCUGGAGGACCCUAUUCACUUCGCUGGGACCGUAGGAACAACGAUUCCUGGAGGAGUGUCGAGGAUAGAAAUCCUCGGACGCUGACUGAUUAUCGUACGAGGGGAAGAGAGAGAGACGAUGAUCCAUGGCGACGUAGGGAUGAUGAGAUAGACCGAGACCACAGAGAUCGCGAGCCGUUUGCGCGAGCAAGGAGGCUGGAUGAUUACCCGCGAAGCCCUCGCUAUGAGGCCGAUCGGGGUAGAGGCGACUCCCGCGGCCGAUGGGAGACAAAUCAGGGCCGACGAGAUGGAUAUAGGGACGACAGAUACGAGAGAUCGGACCGAGAUGGAUAUAAGGACGACAGAUACGAGAGAUCGGACCGAGACGGAUAUAGGGACGACAGAUACAAGAGGUCGGGUCGAGAUGGCUACAGAGGUGGUAGGUAUGAAAGAGGAGAUCGGGACUGGGAACAACGAGAUGGGCCGCGCGGACGGUUUGAGCGUGGGGGAGAUGCGAGAGAGCAGCGCGACGAGUCGCGGGGGUGGUACAACCGAGGGGACCGACGCGAUGAGUCACGAGGGCGAUAUGACUCGGGGGACCGCCGGAAUGAUUCGCGAGGGCGGUAUGAGCAAGGAGGGUCUGGAGGAGACCGCCGCAACGAUUCGCGCGGUCGGAAUGAGAGAGGGGGAUAUGGCGUCUCAUCAGAACCAUAUCCCAAGUCGCCUGACCCCAAGGAAGCCAGGAGUUCGAUCUCUAGAAGCGCAAACGACAUACCCUCUACUCCCAGGAACUCAUGCGUCUACUGUAGAGGAGAAGAUCAUAUCAAGAGGGAUUGCCCGGACCUCAAACGGGCAAUAGAUAAGGGACUUGUCGUGCUUGACGACCGCAAGUACGUCAAGUGGGCAGAUGGUCUGGGAGAUGUAUCGAUGUUCCGUUCGAUGAAGGAGAAUGUCGAAGCAAGGAGAGUAAAGCCGAGUAAAGAAAAGGAGCUGGUCAGGAGCCAGAGCAUCAAGAUAACCUUUCAGGGGGAUAUGGCGACCACACCCAUAAGGGUGACAGCCACCAAGUCGGCGAGAGGGUGUACAUCGAAGAAGACUGACACGGACUACGUGAUGGUGGAGAAGGACGGGCAGCGGGUCGAUGGAGAGGAGGUUAUCCUUUCGCCGCGAAAGCGGGGAGUGAAGAAGUUCUUAAUGAAGAGUUCGCUGGACAAGAUUGACACGGUCGAGCCACCGAGGCGGGCCCUUCGGCAACCCAUGAAGUGCUCUAUUCUGGAUUACCUGGCGGCAUCGAACCCGGCUCGUGAUGAGUUACAGAUGAUGACGCGGAAGACUCGCAUACCUCUAUCGGAGGAGGGUCAGGGGGCCCCUAAGGCGGAAGCUUCUACAGUAGCAGUAACGGGGAUGAUGGUUGUCCCUAUGGGUUGGACUAAUGGGGUAGCCGUUUUUCAGAGAGCCAUGGUAGCCGUCCUCAAGGACUUCAUCCCUGAUAAGGUUGAAGUUUUUCUGGGUGACUUUCCUAUAAAAGGGUCAGUAAAGAAGGAUGAGGCAGAGGUUACACCUGGAGUUAGAAGAUUCGUCGAGCAGCACCUAACGGAUAUUUGCGCGGUACUCGAGCAGCUGGACGAUGCGAAUCUAACAGUCAGCAGAACAAAGAGCCGAUGGGCCGUCUUGACUAUUAAGAUCUUGGGCUUUAUCGGUGACUCGAGGGGACGCCGAGCAGAUCCGGCGAAGUUAGGCAAACUCCUGAACUGGCCGUCACCAUUACAUAAUCCAACCGAGGUCCGGCAGUUUCUGGGAGUGGUCGGUUACUGGCGUAUAUUCAUACGAGGGUAUGCGGAGAAGGCUUAGCCAUUGAGGUUACUCCUUCGAAAGACUGAAAAAUUCUACUGGGAUUCUUCACAGGAACUCGCUAUGCAAGAACUUAAAGA